AUGGAGCUGACAGAGGUGAGACAGCCUGCACCUCCGCUGCUGCGUUUCUCCAUCUUCCUGGAUCCUUCAAACACGGUCUACCUCCGCUGGGACCAUGACGAACAGGAGCUGAUGACGUUUGAGCUGCAGGUCCCUACAACUGGCUGGGUGGCAUUUGGAUUCAGCCCUCACGGAGAGUUGCCUGGAUCUGACAUUGUGAUAGGAGGUGUCUUCCCAAAUGGCAGCAUCUACUUCUCCGAUUGUCAUGUGGUAGAUGAGGCAACCCUUGAGGAAGAUGAGAGCCAGGACUAUCAGCUGCUGUCAGUAACAGAGAAUGAGACCUCCACCACCAUGCUGUUCAAACGCCAUCUCCGGACAUGUGACCCAAAUGACCUGGAUAUCACAAUGGACACAGCACGCCUCGUUACUGCAUUUGGCAUGGAUGACACAGUCCAAUUCUUUAAAGGCCAAAGAUUUUCCAAAUCUCUUUUCUUGCUGAGGUACAGAGGCCCAUCUGACUCAACUGACCCCAAAAUAUUCUUCACCUAUGACCUGAGGCUGGACAAUUUUGCCGUUCCAGCUCAAGAGACCAAGUAUGCCUGUACCUUUAUCCCACUGCCCAUGGUCAAGCAGAAACACCAUAUUUACAAGUUCGAACCUGUAAUAACACCCCACAAAAUAACCUUGAUUCAUCAUAUUCUUGUUUACGCCUGUGGCAACGCCAGCCCGUUACCCAGUGGCAUAGAUGAUUGCUAUGGGGCCAAUCCAGAUUUUGCCCUGUGCUCUCAGGUGCUUGUGGGCUGGGCUGUUGGAGGAGAGUCUUACCAAUUUCCAGAUGAAGCUGCAGUUUCCAUAGGGACACCUUGGGACCCUCAGUACGUCCGACUAGAAAUCCAUUACAGCAAUUUUGACUUGUUACCAGGCUUGAUAGACAGCUCAGGGCUACGAAUCUACUAUACGCCGGAGCUACGGAAAUAUGAUGUGGGGGUUCUGCAAACAGGCAUCUUCACUUUCCCUGUGCAUUUCAUUCCUCCUGGAGCAGAAUCCUACAGAUCCUACGGCCUUUGCAAUUCCAGCCAGUUUGAUGAAAUGAAUGGGAUGCUGGUUCCAGAUCUGCAUGUCUUUGCCUACUUGCUUCACACCCACCUGUCUGGCAGAGGAGUGAAAGCUGCUCAAUACCGCAAUGGUGAGCAGCUGGGGAUCAUCUGUGAGGACAAUAAGUACGACUUCAGACUGCAGGAGAUUCGGGACAUGAAGGAAAACCUCAUAAUCAAACCAGGUGAUGAGAUCCUGGUCGAAUGCAACUUUCAGACACUGGAUCGGUCAGGGAUUACUUUUGGUGGGCCAAGCACCAUGAAUGAGAUGUGUCUCACAUUCCUCUUCUACUACCCUCGUAACAACAUCUCCAGUUGUAUGGGCUACCCUGACAUUUUGUAUGUUGCGCAUGUACUCAAGCAGGAGGCCUCAGAUGUGGUGGAAGGAAUGAUGGCCAUGGACUUUGUUGACUGGGACAAUGAGACUGUCAAAAUUGCAGAAAAAGCAGCCAAGGAGGCAGAUCAAGUAAUCAUGAUUAAAACCAUUAAUGUAAGUCCCUUUUCUGAGCAAUUUGUGGCUGGGGAAAUGGAGUCAUCUCUGAUGUUUCGAGAGUAA